CCGUAUCGUGACUACAUGAUAAUGUAACGCCAGCGCGUUCACUUCAGCAUUCACGCGCUCUGAGGGACUGAGUCACUUCGCGCGGAGUCUGCGAGCGCCCAAGUCACUCGAGUUUAUCGCUCUUUCUCUCGUUUUAUAUUACACGUGUAUUGACAGGUUCUGUCUCACCGGGGACGUUACCGCAAAAUAAACAGCAACCGUUUAACGCGACCUUUUUCCGAACCACGAGAGUGUUUUGUGUACGAGACGCUGGUAGCAAGUGUUCUGCGUUAGUCUGUGAACGACAUCAUCUAUGAGCUACAAUGGAGCAGAAUCCAAAAUGUGUAACAAUGUGGACAAUCGCUUGCCUUCUGUUCAUUUUGGGUCAAGCAAUGGAGAAUGACAGAAACUUUAAGAUGUGUGGAACAUGGCGCCAUGGCAACGCACACCAAAAUCUGAGUUAUAAUUUGAAAACAGGCUGUGAGAACAUUGAGAUUUCGGCCAAUGAGAGUACGCUCUCAAUUCAGGGCAGAAUCACAGCCAAGUGCACAAAAUCUUCAUCCGUUCUUCUAAAAUCGAACCCUCUUCAAAGUCAAAGUCAGUUCUGUGUGUUCUGGGAGCCGCUGCUGGAUCUGCUGAUAGUGGAGGUGAAUGGAAAGAAUUACACUCUUUGUGAAUCACUUGGUCUUCAAGGAACGUGCUGCACUGACCUCUCACAAUCCAGUCAAGAAACUCCUGGUGUUUAUGGUAUUGUGAAUGGCAGCAUCCACGGUGAUAUCGUCAGAUAUGAUGUCAGAGAAAAAUACAUAUUUCGAGGAGAUACAAUCAACUGCAAGGAGAAAUUCUGUGAUGUGGCAAGUCAGAAGCCCAGUGGAGCAAACAUGAUAGAGGAAGUAGUGAUGAAAUCCAAAAUAGGUCGUGUGGAACUACCUUGCGCUCAGAGCACCACCAUUGAAAUCAAGGAGGGUUUCACAGGACUCAAUUUCACUCUGCCAGUCUCUCGAACUGUAUCACCAAACAUGAUACCCUCCAUUUAUCUUCCCUCCUCACUGAAAUCUAAAUCAAGGAGCACAUCCAAAGUGGUGUGUACUUACUACACGGACAACACAUUAUUUCAGAGGGCAUCGUCUGAUGCAGUUGUUCUGGAUGGCAUAGUUGGACUCUCUGUGGAGAACGAGAUCAUCAAAAACCUCCCAGAACCAGUCCGAAUCAGGUUUCAUCACUCCGCUCUCCCAUCUAACCAUUCUAGAAGAUGUGUUUCAUGGGACACAAGAAAAGAUAAUGAAGUGAACUGGAGAUACGACGGCUGUGUUACUUAUAAAACCCAUGACAUGGAGACAGAAUGCUGCUGUAAUCACCUCACAUACUUUGCUAUUCUUGUGCAAGUGGAACAGAAGGCUACAGUUCGCCAUCUAAAGGCCCUUACGUUCAUUACCGCUGUGGGCUGUGCCGUGUCCUUAGUGAGCUGUUUGGUUCUCUUCUAUUGGCUCUGUAAACGCAGAGGGAAGAAAACCCAGAUCUCGCUGGUUCACCGUGGUCUAGUAGUGGCGAUAUUUUUCUUGUGCUUGUUCUUCAUUCUUACUGGUACAUUGGCCAACGUAAGAAAUAAAAUACUUUGCAAGAUAACAGGAUCUCUUCUGCAUUAUGCGCUGCUCAGUACCCUCUGCUGGAUGGCCAUGGAAGUGUUUCACACCUUCUUGCUAAUUCGCAAGGUGUUCAACUCAACUCUACCGACAUGGAUAUUUUAUAUAGUAGGCUUUGGUCUUCCAGUUCUGCUAGUCGGUAUACUGCUCUUGAUAGAGAACAUUUAUAAAGUGGAUAUUUAUGGCGAAAGGGAGAUUGUUCCAAGUGAUGAUGUCAACAAUCCUUACCGCAUGUGCUGGAUGUUGGAGUAUGACAAGAGCCUGUUGGCUCAUUACAUCAUAAAUGUUGGCUUACUGGCUGUUGUGGUGAGCUCUGGAGCAGUCAUGCUUUUCCUGGUGGUGUGGGAGAUCCGCAACCGACCUGACUGGAAGAAGACUCACGUGGCUUUUCUCAGUAUCUGGGGUCUGACCUGUCUUUUUGGCACAACGUGGGGCCUUGGUUUCCUGAGUUUUGGUCCUAUAUCAGAGACUAUUCUCUUCCUCUUCUGCAUUAUCAAUUCCUUACAAGGAUUUUUUCUCAUGCUGCGAUACUAUGCUCUUGAACGGAUGAAGAAGAAAGACAGGUCCUUUUCGGAUGGGAGCAGUUCUGGAUCCUCAAAACAGCAUAUGCUGCAGACGCAUGAGAAGAGUUAAAACUCUGGUGACGCUUAAACAGUGUUUUUCUGAAACUGCCAAAUUUCACUUCUUUCAGAGAGAUGUUACUAUGAAAGAUUAUUCCUAAAGGGCAUUUGUAAAUAUCCUUUCUCAUCCUGCUGGUUAGGGUGUUGAAUGUUCCUCAGAAAACAUUGCACUGAUAUUGGGCCGCAGAGCGUCGGGGAGAUGAGCUUAAAUGUUUCACCUGUCAUAAGCUGUGUUUAUGUAUUCAUAUUCUUAGUACGAGUAUAAUAGUUUGUUUCAGCUUUGCACUUUAGCUUUUUUACUGCUAUGUAAUACUGCUGUAUUCACUGUAAGAUGUGAAAAGGAGUUCUAGCAAAUUACGUUUAAUGGUGAAUAAAAAAAAUAUUUUAUUUUUUGGUUGAAAAGUGUGACAAACGCAAUUUGAAACUGCCAAAAAAGUGCAUUCCUUAUGUAUUUUUAGGAUCAAGGUAAAUGAGCUCACAAACUCAGAAGUAAGUUGCACUUUUGUUAGUUCUUCAGAUUUUUGUAAUAGAGUAAAGCACAAACUUCAUGUUUUUUUUAAAGUUUUUGUGACUUUGUAUGUGUAUAUGUUUAUAAUAUAUAAAUUCAAUAUUGCUGUGGUUUUCA